AUGAAAUUUCCGAAAUUUUUAAGAAUUGCUGUCAAUGAAUUAGGUGCAAUCUGUGAGUUGGGUGUUGAUUCAAAUGGUAAAGUGAAACUUAUUGGAGGAGCAGAAAGAGAAUUCCUUAAGGCCCUGACCGAGGUAUUCAAUUUCCGCUACGAGUUGGUUCAACCUCCUGAUACAAAUUGGGGAAAUCCAUUGCCCGGUGGUAAUUGGACCGGAAUGGUUGGAAUGAUUCAGCGUGGAGAAGCUGAUAUGGCCCUCUGCUCUAUGGUUAUUACGCAAUAUAGAGAAGAAAUCGUGACCUUUACACGUGAAUAUGAUAUACAACACAUGGUAUUUGCAACAAAGAAUCCAGAAAACUUACCAAGACUUCGAUCCAUCAUACUGCCAUUCUCCCCUCAGAUGUGGUUUGGUGUUUUAUGUCUUUUGAUAAUCAUUCCCAUUGUAUGGAAACGCCUGCUGGAACUGCAAGAAGAUAUUGGAAAAUUUUAUAUGUAUGUGCUUGCCAGUUUGUUGAAGUUGUCCAUUGUCAUCAAAUGUAGAGGAAAGUGGGGUCACUAUAUGCUUCUUGGUUCAUGGUUUUGGGGCGUGGCAGUGAUCAGUGCCGGUUACAGCGCCGUCCUGUUGUCGUUCGUGACUUUGCCAGUGAAGGAAGACGUCAUCCGGGACAUACCACGGUUGGCAAAUGCUGUUGCCAAAGGAACUCAUAAGUGUUAUGCGUUUAAAGGCUCUUCAUCUAUUAAUGCGUUGCUCACUAGUAAUAUGAAAGAAAGGAGGGAUCUUGGUUCUGCCAUCAUAAAAAAUCGCUGGCUGGUUAAACCAUCUAUAGAAACAGUUCUGAAUUUGCUUGGGGAAAAAAAUGUAGCUUUAAUUGGCACUUCACAUUAUUUCUUAAAUCAGUUCCAUAAUACACUGACUUUGUCCAAAGAUUUCUUUUAUCCAGCUAGAAUAGGGGUAGCAGUGAGUAAGAAUUUUUGUUGUCACAAAAUCUUGGACAAAAAGGUAAGGCAGAUGAUGGAAGGGGGGUUCUUUAAACAGUGGUAUAAACGUAGUCGUUAUAUUUCAUUUUUAAGAUCUAACAAUCCUAAUUUAUUUACUCUCGAAAACAUUAAACCUAUUCACAUUGAUGAUAUGUAUGGGGCUUUUAUUCUUCUAGGUUUCGGAUAUGGAAUCGCAGGUAUUGUUCUUGUAGUUGAGAUUAUUUUCAAUCGAUUUAAAUAUUGA